AUGCCAAAAUUACGUAUUAAGUCGAAAAAAACAAAAUAUGAAGAAAUAAAAAAAACUUUAGUAUCUGAUGAAGCUUUGGGACAUGAUAAUGUAGAAAAUAUUGAUUUGCCCUCUGAAGCAAUUUUAAAUGAAGAAACCAAGAGUUUUUCAACUGCCAGUUAUACCUCAUCAGACGAAAAGUCACAAAAAAUAAUAGAUUAUGCAACUAUUAAUAAUUACCAAUCUUUUUGUGGGCCAUUAGCCGACGAUAUAGACGUUUCGGUUGACUAUGGCAUGAACUCAUCAGAUGACGAAGUUCCAGUAGAUAGUGAAGAAUUUGAUGUUACUGAAGUUUUAGUAGACGAUGUGCUGGAAGAUAGUGAUGAAUUGAAUUUUACAGAUGAUGUGUUAGAAGAUAUGACUAUCGAAUUUGAGGGGUUUAAUAGUGAAUAUG